GACAUCAGGGCCUGCUCCGAUGCCUGGAAGACAGAGGAUGUAUGCUCCACAGAGACAGGCAAUCUACCUAGGAACGUGAGGAAGAACCGCUACCGAGACGUGGUGCCAUAUGAUCGGACACGAGUGAUCCUCUCCCUGCUCCAGAAGGAGGGACAUGGCGACUACAUCAAUGGCAAUUUCAUUCGGGGUGCAGAUGGAAGCCAGGCCUACAUCGCCACACAAGGACCCCUGCUGCACACCUUGCUAGACUUCUGGCGCCUGGUCUGGGAGUUUGGGGUCAAGGUGAUCCUGAUGGCAUGUCGAGAGACAGAGAAUGAGCGGAAAAAGUGUGAACGUUACUGGCCACAGGAAGAAGAACCACUACAGAUCGGGCCUUUCAGCAUCGCUCUGACAAAGGAAACACGACUAAAUGCAGACAUCAUCCUCAGGACCCUCAAAGUCACCUUCCAGAAGGUACUGAAAAGGGAGGAGGAGGAAUCCCGUUCUGUGCACCAGCUGCAGUACAUGUCCUGGCCAGACCGUGGGGUCCCCAGAAAUCCUGACACCAUACUCACCAUGAUAGAGGAAGCCCGACGCCUCCAAGGAUCUAGCCCCAGACCCCUCUGUGUCCACUGCAGUGCUGGCUGCGGGCGAACAGGUGUCCUGUGCACAAUUGAUUAUGUGAGGCAACUGCUCCUGACCCAGAGGAUCCCACCCGACUUCAGCCUUUUUGAUGUGGUCCUUGAGAUGCGGAAGCAGCGGCCUUCAGUUGUGCAGACAGAGGAGCAGUACAGGUUCCUGCACCACACAGUGGCUCAGAUGUUCUACUCAGCACUCCAGAAAACCAGCCCCCAGUACCAGAACCUCAAGGAGAAUUGUGCCCCACUCUACGAUGAUGCCCUCUCCAAUUUCCCGGCCCUUCUUGCAAUCCCCUGCCCACCAGGCAGGGUCCUCAGGAGCAUCUCGAUGCCUGCAACUCAGACCCUCGUCAUGGCGGACACAUACGCAGUGGUGCAGAAACGUGGGGACCCCGCAGGCGCAGCACCAGGGUCUCGGGAGCGCAGCACAGUCCACAAGCCGCUCUACAGCCAGGUAACGGCGCGCGCCCAGGUAUCCAGGGCGCCUGCGGAGGACACGCAGGGGGCGCUGCCUGGCCUAGGUCUUGCUGACCAAAGCACUGCUGGUCCUGAUGCUUAUGAGGAUGUGACCAAUGGAGCUCAGACUAGUGGGCUAGGCUUCAACCUGCGCAUCGGAAGGCCGAAGGGACCCCGAGACCCCCCUGCGGAGUGGACCCGGGUAUGAGUGCUGUGCCUGUGCCUGCCUCUCGCUCCGGAAGCGUACUUUGCUACCAGUCAUGGCCCUGCCACUUGAUGUGUUCAAAAUGAGAAUGCUGGACCUGGAUCAAAACAAGUUCCUCAGGGUGGGAAAAUGUGAGGCUUUGCCUCAGUAAUUACUGCAUUCAAGACUGAGGGCUGCAAAAUGCAUGUGUUGAAUCUCUAACCCCCAGUGUGGUGUUAUUUGGAUGUAGGGACUCUGGGAGGCAGUUAGAGAUAGAUGGACUCAUAAGGGUGGGUCCCAUGCUGGGAUUAGUGCCCUUCUCUGAGGAGCUACAGGAGAUCAGAAAGCACACUUCUCCCUCAGCCUCUUCAUUUUUCUACCAUGGGAGCAACCCUCCAGGAGGCACUGUAGAGAAUCAUAGGGUCUCACUAGAACCUGACAUACUGGACCAUGAUCUUGGCCUUUCAGGCACCAGAAUUAUGAGAAAAUAAAUUUUUGUUAUUUAAACUACACAGUGUAUGGUAGACUGUUAUUGCAGCCCAAGCAGACUAAGAUAAAAUUUUUAUCUCUCAGACUGUAAACUAUUAAAAAUGUUUGGUGACAUCCAGUGUUGACAAAUGUGAGGUAAAACAAGGAUUCUCCUGCCCUCUGAUUGUAAUCACCUUGAUAAGCUAUGUAGCAAUGUAUAUCAACUUCUAGAAUGUAUAUAUAUUUGACUUAGUAGCUUAGUAGUUACCAACUCCAAGAAGU